AUGCCCCCAAUUGUUUUAAUAGCCAUCGAAAGACAAGAGAUAUUUGAAAAUGCCCGGAAGGAAGAAGCAAGAAACAAACUGAUAAGAGACUGGCAAUCACAAUGGGACUCGGCCGAAAAUGGAAGGUGGACCCAUCGACUGAUUCCCAAGAUAGACCCAUGGUUUAACAGAACAUUCGGCGAAGUCAACUACAGACUGACCCAAGCUCUUAGCGGACAUGGCUGCUUUCCUUAUUACCUCCACCGUUUCGGGAAAUUAGCUUCCCCGUCGUGCUGGUAUUGCGGCCACGAAUCAGACGAUGCGUUCCACACCUUUUUUGUGUGUGACGCAUGGCACUCAAGGCGUACCAGAAUGAACACGAUACUCGGGAGAGAGAUCACGCCAGAUAACAUGACCGAAGUGAUGCGGUCAAGCAAAGACGCAUGGACCACCAUAGACGACUUCAUCAACGAGGUCCUUCGAAAAAAAGAAGAAGAAGAACGAAGGCGACAGACUGCAGACCAGCCUUAA